AUGGGGGAAGGGCCAGCUCCUACCGAUCCACUUCAAGAGGCUUUUCAAGGAAGAGGCGGCGUGGAUCGCGGCAAAGAAAGCGAUUGUGGCACCGAGAAUGACCAAUCCGACUCGGAUUGGCGUCAACUUGACGGCGGCGCCAAGAAGGACUCCAAGGGCGGAAGGAGCGAGAACUUCUCGAAGAAGCCUCCUCCUCCUCCACCUCCUCCUCCUCCUUCCUCCGUCGCGUUCUUCAAGCUAUUCACCUACGCCGACUCCGUAGACUACCUGCUCAUGGCGUUGGGGUCGCUGGGAGCGUGUACGCAUGGCGCCACGCUUCCCAUCUUCUUCCUCUUCUUCGACGAGCUCAUUGACGCCAUGGGAGGUAGCGACAUCGGAGGCGUUAGCAAAAAACGGCUGCAGGCGGAGUUUAUCGCUUCUAAAGAACUGGAGGUUGAGGAAUUUCAGGCAGCUGUCGGCACGCAUGUCACGACUCUGGCGACGAAGAUGGAGGAGUACAUCCAGGGCCUCAGCUCCGACCCCGAUGUGGUGGUUUCAGAUGCCGCCAAGGAACGCUAUCGGCGACUGAAGGGGCGGUGCAUCGAGAAGGCUCAAUCCGACAUCGCGGCAGCCAAGGAUGAGAUAACCAUCCGAGAGAUCGAUCGACAGCGUAAGCAGGCGGCUGAGGAUUUGAAGAAGGCUGCUGCGGCUGAGGAGGUGCAGGAGAUGGAGAUGGAGCCUGCGAUUGGGGAGAUUCUAGCUAUGCACGCCAAGAAGAUUGAAGACAAGCUUUCGCGGGAGAUUACGCAGAAGCUUGAGGCCAAGCUAUCUAAGCAGCUGCAGAAGAAUCUUCACGUUGGGGAGCAGAACCCUUCGCAGGCCGCAUCCGCUGAAAAGAAGCAGACGGCACAACCUGGGAGGCAGGACGGUGCGUCUAGGAAGCCUAAGCCGAAGAAGAAGCGGGGUGGGAAGACUCCAAAGAAGCAGAAUUCCGGCGCCGACAAAGAGCAGCAGGCGAAAGGCUCUACUACAUCGAAGGCCAAGGGACCAAAAAACGGCGGAGGCGGCCCCGGAAAAGGGCCGCAUAAGAAGUGA